AAUCUUGACAGUUAUGGCAGGGCUGAGCAACUCCCAGAUCCCCGACGGUGAGUUCACAGCAGUGGUGUACAGGCUCAUCCGCGACUCCCGCUACUCAGAGGCGGUGCAACUGCUGAGCGCAGAGCUGCAGAGGAGCUCCCGCAGCCGCGCAGGGCUGUCGCUGCUGGCCUACUGCUACUACCGCCUGCAGGAGUUCGAGCUCGCUGCAGAGUGCUAUGAGCAGCUGAGCCAGAUGCACCCGGAACUCGAGCAGUACCGCCUGUACCAGGCCCAGGCGCUGUACAAGGCCUGCCUGUAUCCAGAGGCCACCAGGGUCGCCUUCCUCCUGGACAACCCCACCUUCUAUAGCCGAGUCCUUCGUUUACAAGCUGCUAUCAAGUACAGUGAAGGUGACCUCCCAGGAGCCAGGAGCCUGGUGGAGCAGCUGCUGAGUGGGGAAGCUGGAGAAGACAGUGGAGGGGAGAAUGACCCAGAUGGUUUGGUCAACAUGGGUUGUCUGCUCUACAAGGAGGGACACUAUGAAGCUGCCUGCUCCAAAUUCUUUGCGGCUUUGCAGGCUUCUGGCUACCAGCCCGAUGUAUCUUACAACCUAGCUUUAGCUUGUUACAGCAACAGGCACUAUGCCCCAGCACUGAAGCAUAUUGCCAAUAUCAUUGAGCGUGGCAUCCGUCAACACCCAGAACUCGGUGUGGGCAUGACCACGGAGGGCAUUGAUGUUCGCAGUGUUGGCAACACUGUAGUCCUUCACCAGACUGCUCUGGUCGAAGCCUUCAACCUCAAGGCAGCCAUAGAGUACCAGCUGAGAAACUACGAGGCAGCCCAGGAAGCCCUCACUGACAUGCCACCCAGAGCAGAGGAAGAGCUGGACCCCGUAACCCUCCACAACCAGGCUCUGAUGAACAUGGAUGCCAAGCCCACAGAGGGCUUUGAAAAGCUCCAGUUUCUGCUCCAGCAGAACCCCUUUCCCCCAGAGACCUUUGGCAACCUGCUGCUGCUCUACUGUAAAUAUGAGUAUUUUGACCUGGCAGCUGAUGUCCUGGCAGAAAAUGCCCACUUGACUUACAAGUUCCUCACACCCUAUCUCUAUGACUUCUUGGAUGCCAUGAUCACUUGCCAGACAGCUCCUGAAGAGGCUUUCAUUAAACUUGAUGGGUUGGCUGGCAUGCUGACUGAGCAGCUCAGGAGACUCACUAAGCAAGUUCAAGAAGCAAGGCAUAACAGAGAUGAUGAAGUUGUCAUAAAGGCUGUGAAUGAAUAUGAUGAAACUCUUGAGAAAUAUAUUCCUGUACUGAUGGCCCAGGCAAAAAUCUACUGGAAUCUUGAGAAUUACCCAAUGGUAGAGAAGAUCUUCCGCAAAUCUGUGGAAUUCUGUAAUGACCAUGAUGUGUGGAAGCUGAAUGUGGCCCAUGUCCUCUUCAUGCAGGAGAACAAGUACAAAGAGGCCAUUGGUUUCUAUGAGCCCAUUGUCAAGAAGAAUUAUGAUAACAUCCUGAGUGUCAGUGCUAUUGUGUUAGCCAACCUCUGUGUUUCCUAUAUCAUGACAAGUCAAAACGAGGAAGCUGAGGAGCUCAUGAGGAAGAUUGAGAAGGAGGAGGAACAACUCUCUUAUGGUGACCCAGACAAGAAAAUCUACCACCUUUGCAUUGUGAAUUUGGUGAUAGGAACCCUGUAUUGUGCCAAAGGAAACUAUGACUUUGGCAUCUCUCGAGUUAUCAAAAGCCUGGAGCCUUACCAUAAAAAGCUAGGCACCGAUACGUGGUAUUAUGCCAAGAGAUGCUUCCUGUCCUUACUAGAGAACAUGUCAAAGCACACAAUUAUGCUAAGGGACAGUGUCAUUCAAGAAUGUGUCCAGUUUCUAGAGCACUGUGAAAUUUUUGGCAGAAACAUCCCUGCUGUCAUAGAACAGCCCUUGGAGGAAGAAAGAAUGCACAUUGGAAAAAAUACAGUCACAUAUGAGUCCAGACAGUUGAAAGCUUUGAUUUAUGAGAUCAUAGGGUGGAAUAUGUAG